GAAAAGGUUGCUGCUGCGUGAUGCAACCAAGUGAAAGCCCACUGGUAGUUUUGCCGUUUGGUGGUUGAGGCCUGCCUUUCGUCACACUCAUGGCAUGCUCACGCGGUCAAGCAUGUACAAAUCAAAGAUUUAUUUUGCAGGCCGGCAAAGUAGAGCAUGCAUCUGUUACUGAAACGCAGUUUUUUCCCCCCCCUUUGCAAUCCUGUUGAACUGAACUGAUCUGAUUGCUAUGGUCCAAAGGAAUCAUAUGUUUCUCUGAGUCACCCCUCAUUUGCCUAGCAAGUAGCAGACAACUACGGAGCAGAGCCAAUUAUCUUAUCCGAAUCUGUCGAACAGUUUCAGGUGACACAAAGGCUGCGGACCAGGGACCACGGCGAUCAAAGAGCCCGGUGCGUCAACUCAAACUGCACCAGAACUAACUACCAAACCCAUCCAAGAACAGCUUCUUCAGCAACCUCCGACUGCAUGCCAGCUGCCAGUAUAUAAGGGCACCAAACUCUCUGAGUUGCCAUCAUCAAACUCAAGUGCAACAGCUUCCAGGCGGUCCAAUGGCUUCUGACCUGAACUCAGCACAAGCAAUGGCCGUCUUCACUGUCGCAAGCUUCUUCGCGCUCCUGUGCAUGGCUCAACAAGCACGAGCUGUGAACUACACCUUCAUGAGGGAGGCGGUGGACGCGCCGCCGGUGGCCUACUACGACUACAUCAUCAUCGGCGGCGGCACGGCGGGUUGCCCGCUUGCCGCGACGCUGUCGCAGCGCUCGCGCGUGCUCCUCCUGGAGCGCGGCGGCUCGCCCUACGAGGACGGGCGCGUCCUGAGCAUGCUCCACUUCUCGGACGUGCUGGCGGACACGUCGGCGUCGUCCCCAUCGCAGCGGUUCGUGUCCGAGGACGGCGUGAUCAACUCCCGCCCGCGCGUGCUGGGCGGCGGCAGCUGCAUCAACGCCGGGUUCUUCACGCGCGCCGGCGCCGGGUACGUCAGGGCCGUCGGGUGGGACCCCAGGGAGGUCCUGGCGGCGUACCGGUGGGUGGAGGACGUCGUGGCGUUCCAGCCGGCGCUGGGCCCGUGGCAGGCCGCCGUGCGGAGGGGCCUCCUGGAGACCGGCGUGCUGCCGGACAGCGGGUUCACGUACGACCACAUCCCCGGGACCAAGGUCGGCGGGUCCAUCUUCGACGCCGACGGCCGACGCCACACGGCGGCGGAUCUGCUCCGGUACUCGAACCCCGACGGGAUCGACCUGUUUCUCCGGGCCAGAGUGGCCAGGAUCUUGUUCGGCUACAAAGGGACCAAGCCGGUGGCGCGAGGCGUGGUGUUCCGCGACGCGCAGGGCGGCGCUCACGUGGCGUACCUGAACCGCGGCGCGGCCAACGAGGUGAUCCUCUCGGCGGGGGCGCUGGGCAGCCCGCAGCAGCUGAUGCUCAGCGGCAUCGGCCCGGCCGACCACCUCCGGUCGCUCAGCAUCGACGUCAUCCUGGACCUGCCGGGCGUCGGGCAGGGCAUGUCCGACAACCCCAUGAAUGCCAUCUACGUGCCGUCGCCGUCGCCGGUGGAGGUGUCGCUGAUCCAGGUGGUCGGCAUCACCCGGUUCGGCAGCUACAUCGAGGGCGCCAGCGGCGCCAACUGGAACAGCCACCCCUCCGGCACGCAGCCUCCUCCUCGGAACUUCGGCAUGUUCUCUCCGCAGACGGGGCAGCUCGCGACGGUGCCGCCGGCGCAGCGGACGCCGGAGGCCAUCGCGCGCGCCGUGGAGGCCAUGAGCCAGGUCCCCGACGCGGCGCUCCGGGGCGGGUUCAUCCUGGAGAAGGUGCUGGGCCCGCAGUCGACGGGCAGCCUCGCGCUCCGCAACCUGGACCCCGACGACAACCCCUCCGUGCGGUUCAACUACUUCGCGCACCCCGACGACCUCCGGCGCUGCGUCGCCGGCAUCUCGGCCAUCGAGCGGGUGAUCCGGUCCAGGGCCUUCUCCCGGUUCACGUACCCCAACUUCGCGUUCCCGGCCGCGCUCAACGUCACGGCCGACUUCCCCGUGAACACGCUGCACGGCGGCCGGCGCGUCGGCGGCGACCCCAGGGCGCUGGAGCAGUUCUGCAGGGACACCGUGAUGACCAUCUGGCACUACCACGGCGGCUGCCAGGUCGGCCGCGUCGUGGAUCGCGACUACAAGGUGCUCGGCGUCGAGGCCCUCCGCGUCAUCGACGGCUCCACGUUCAACGCCUCGCCGGGCACCAACCCGCAGGCCACCGUCAUGAUGCUCGGCAGGUACAUGGGGGUGAAGCUCCUGAAGGAGAGGAUGCUCGUCGAAGGGCCAGGCGCCAGAUGAUCGCUGCACGUCGUGCCGUUCAGCUGCUAACCUUCCGGGUUCUUUUAGCGAUGAUGAUGAUCCUACAAGUUAUUGGAGAAACCGAUUGUAAUAGAUGGAAAUUCCGUGCCAAUUAGUAGGCAAUUAAAUUGCACGAAUUGUGGAAAUAUAUGGCAUUUGCAGCGUUCAUUUGA